AUGUUGGACAGGCUGCAUAGGAUGUUGUCUUUGGAGCAUCCUAUUUUUUUUUCCAACCUGAAGGGCAAGCUGCCGUCCUCAUCACCGGCUGCACGUAAAGGCAUCGGGCAGGUGACUGCAUGCACCUUUGCCCGCUCUGGCUGCUCAGUAGCAGUGCACUACCAGGCGGCAUCCUCACACGCCAAGGCAGAUAUGCUCAUCUCCGACCUCAAGGCCAUUGCCAGCUCCGACGCGCGGUUCGCCAUCUUCCACACAGACCUGUCAAACUACGAUGAGGUGCGCCGCCUCCAUGCUGAGGUUGUGCAGCAGAUCGGGCAUCCGGACAUCCUCUUCGCAAACCACGGCAUCGCGGGGCCUAAGAUUGGCCCGCUGGGCAAUAUCAACGACGUGCCCAUGGAGGUGUUCGAAGAGAUGUGGCGGAUGAACACCGGCACGAGCUACAUGCUUGCACAGCUCUGUGUGCCACACAUGGAAGCGCAGAAAUAUGAACAUGCCAUUUUCACGUCGAGUAUCGCUGCAGGUAAUUCUUUGCAUCGGGCACUCGUCCAACGCCGCAGAUCUUUCCACCAUCUACCAGGUAACAGUGGACUCAUCGAACCCCACUACACAUCAUUCAAAGCCGCCCUGCAUGGCCUGGUCCACUGGCUCUCCCUGUGGUAUGCCAAGGACGGAAUCAAAUCUAGUGCUAUUGCGCCCGCACUCAUCGAGGAUACCGCCACGAUGGCGAACCUGAUGCCUGAGAUGUGGAGCAAGAUCCCCAUCGGGCAACUUGGGAAGCCCGACAAGAUGGCCUGCAGGACAUGCUGCAGUCACCCUCUUCCCCACUUGUACUUGCGCCAACGCCCGCGCACAUGA